UCUCUUCUCCUCUCACAGUCACUCGUAUCUAUUUGACUGUUCCACCACUGGCUAGCAACACAAAAACAGCAACUUCAGUCAAAGUGACCUCUCCAACCAACAACCUUGCUUUGCCCUCUUUCUCUCUUUUCUGCAAAGAGCCCAAAACUAUUAUUUUAUUGUUCUGAUUUCUGUUGUUUCUAAGUGUUUUUGUGUGCUGAAAAUUGUGCCAUUUGUUUUUGAAUUUUUUUACUUGUUCAGAAAUUCUUUUUAUUUAUUCUUUAAUUUCAAUGAGUAGAUAGAACUUUAUUUUGUAUUACAGAAAGUUUCUGAAAAUUUCCUUUUGUACUAGUGUCUGUGCAUCAUAGCAAAGUAUAUCUCGUUGCACCUUGAGUACGGAGAGAAGAGAUGGCUGGGCAAUCAGAUCCUGAGCUUUCACUGUUUUCAGCAGAGGAGCUUGAGUUCAUUGCUGAGGAUGAGAUUGUGGACAUUGUGCCCAAUCUCAAGAUGGGUCCUCUUAAUUUCAUCUCUGGAGAUUUUGGCCCAUUUAUCCCACAGAUUGUUGCCCAAGUACCGCUUUGGCUGGCUGUUGCAUUAAAAAAGAGGGGCAAGUGCUCCAUUUGCCCUCCUCAAUGGAUGUGUGUUGAGAAGUUGACUCAAGUUUUGGAAGCUGAGCGAAACUCGCAAGAAAUGUCAGAGCAACUGCCAUUUCACUAUGUAGAAAUUUCUAGACUUCUGUUUGACCAUGCAAAUGAUGACAUCUCGGAUGCAUAUAUGGUGAGAUCUCUAAUUGAGGACAUCAGAGAUGUACGAUUUCAUAAGGUUGAAACUGACCUGGAGGCAUUCAAUGGUCGCACAAUUGCUGUUAAGAUAAAAAAUUUGUCUGCCAUGGAAGUGAAUAUAGUUCGCCCAUUCAUCGGAAGAGCUUUACAAGCAUUCUAUAAGCAUGAUAGUCCGGAGUUGAUACCGGAUCCGGAGAGAGUUCCUGAUAGGCGACCGCAAGUUGUCCAAAAUGCCCCAAGGCGGCAACUGCGAAGAUAAGGUACUUACAGCUGGAUCUGUGCUGCUGAAUUCUUUGUACUAGGGUAGCUUGCGAGUUGAGACCUGAGUUCUCAAUAAUCAGGAAGAUAUGACGUUUCCUUAUUUCUCAUAAGUUACACACACACGUUGCAUGUAGUUUUGUGUAAUCACCUUAACGCAUGCUAUGCAUUUAUGAAUUUCCCAUCAUUUUGUUGAUGGAAUUAUGGGACAUGGUUUGUCUGAAAGAUCACCCUGACGUGGAUUCUCCAACACUCUAGGUGGGGUGAUAUCCUCCAGGAAAUCAUAUCGACAAACCAUUCUUCUAUGGCGAACAAAAAUAUAAAACCAAAUUGUAAACGUAAAGAAAGAAAAGCAAGCAACACUUUGCCGCAUAAAGCAGUAGUAUACUAGUGUCCACGGACCUCUUGUAUCGUCCAGCAAGGGUCAAUCUUGCAGGGUAAAAUUCAGUCAAGAUCUAAGUUAACUAACCUUAAAUAUUUCUCAAUUUCAAGAUACGAAAUGGUUUCACCAAAAUCUGUAAGUAAA